AAAGCAGAGCUCGUGGGGGGGCCCCGGACGGAACAUCCGGUGUGUCGCGGGGGUCCCGUCGGGUCACGUGGCUCCCGAUCGCUGGGGUGUUGAACUAGGGUCGGAGCUGAGGUCGGCCAGCAGUCGGACGACACGUAGCCGCUGUAGGAGAGAGAGAGCACGUCCCUGGAUCAAUGGGUGUGCGAGUGAGAGGCUGUGCUAAGCCCUGGAGUGGACCUGAUUUACAUAGGAGGCCCGUAGCACCGCACGACACGAGUGGACCUGGCGCGUCUGCAGGCAGAGAUAGAGUACCGCUCUCUUCGUUCGCUGAGAGCCCUUUAGCCGGCUGAGAGGGGUCCUCUCUGCCCCUCUCCUGCACAUCCAUCCCCGUCGGGGAACAAUCCUCUCCGGUAAAUGAUACCUUCUGUCUCUCCCUCUCUCUAUUGCAAUCGUACAUUAUGCAGGGUUGUCGUUCGUUGCCUUGCCUUCCGAUUGACCGUGCCACUUAGUAAUUACCGACUGAUACUAAGUGGAGUAUAGAUAUAUUAUAUAUAGAAAUAUUUCUAUGCACCCAUUGAUGAGUGUGCGGUGGAAGAUAGCCCACUUAGUGCGGCCGGUGGAGGUAAAUGGCAGUCAGACAUCAGGCACCGCGUUGUAAACAGCUCGGCUCUGGCUCCAUCAGGGGCCUUGGAUCGCCUCCCGCGGUGGGAAAGAGCAGAGGGAGGUAGGGAGGGGGGGAGGUAGGGAGGGGGCGGGGGGGGGGAGGUAGAUAUAGAAUUAUGGAAUAGUAAAUGGCGGGGCUUGGUUUCAGGGGUACCAUAAUCAAUAUUGUUUUUAACCAAAAUAAAAGUUGUUUAUUUAUAAAUGGAAUGUAAGGAAUGAAUAGCUUUAAGCACAUGCACUCAUACAAACGCAUGCACACACACAUACACGCAUGCACGCACGCAUACAAGUAUGCACUUGCACAUGCACACGUACACACACACGCCCGCACGCAGAAUGCAUAUCUCCAAUAUGUUUUCCUGUGGCUUCUUGCUGCCAGCCUUAUUAGGUCAUGGCUCUUAAGCUGUUCUCUUCUCCCAGGAACACAUUUGUGGGACAAAAUAUCAAAAUACUUCCUGUGUAACGUACCCCCCCAUCCCCUCCGCCCCCCACCCAGGAAGGAGGAGAGGUGUCCGACCCCCGAGAACACAUCCGGUGGCAAUGUUUACCACAGGUGUGAGGGGGGGAAGAGAUCUCUCAGUUUACCAACAACUCGUCUCAGAAGGGUGAAAGGGUGAAAGGGUAAAAGUCCUGUCAGUAUAUUAACGACAUCGUCUCAGAGAUGUGCACAAGUGUGAAAUAGAUCUCUCAGUUUAUUCACUACAGUUUCAGAGAUGUGAAAGGAUUAAAGCAAUCUCAGUUUAUUAAUUGUAUACUCUCAGAGAUGUGAAUGAGCGAAAUAGAGCUCUCACUAUAUUAACUACAUAUUCUGAGAUAUGUGUGAGGGUGAAUUGUCCCUCACUAACUACAGUCUCAGAGAUGUAUGAGGAUGAGGGAGAUCUCUCACUACUAACUACAUAGUCUCUCAGAGGGGAAAGGGUCAAUAGUCCCUCACUGUACUAACUAGGGUCUAAGGGGUGUGUGAGAUCUCUCACUGUACUAACUAAGGUCUAAGGGGUGUGUGAGAUCUCUCCCUGUACUAACUAGAGUCUAAGGGGUGUGUGAGAUCUCUCACUGUACUAACUAGAGUCUAAGGGGUGUGUGAGAUCUCUCACUGUACUAACUAGAGUCUAAGGGGUGUGUGAGAUCUCUCACUGUACUAACUAGAGUCUAAGGGGUGUGUGAGAUCUCUCACUGUACUAACUAGAGUCUAAGGGGUGUGUGAGAUCUCUCCCUGUACUAACUAGAGUCUAAGGGGUGUGUGAGGGUGAAGGAGAUCUCUCACUGUACUAACUAGGGUCUAAGGGGUGUGUGAGGGUGAAGGAGAUCUCAGCCUCCGAUCCGGCCCUUCCAGAUUCCUGGAAUAUUCGGGAUGCCUCUGUCGGACACAAGACAUAAAUCAAACUCACAUUAUUCAUCUUAAAUCCCUCCCUGGCAGCCAUUUUGAACUAUAAACCUGAUAAGUAGGAAUUAGAGGAACAUUCAGAGUAUGAGGUCCAUAUACUUAAGGGAAAAGGUCAGUGAGGACGCCAUGAGUUCCCGCUUCCUCCCUCCUGCUAGCUGCCUGUGCCAGCGGAGCUAUGAUCUAGACGUGGCUGAGGUCCCUGGCUGCGUCCCGCCUUGUAUCUUGCUCUGUAGUCACCCCUCCAUCUGGUUGUAUCCACUACAUCUAUCCCCACACCGCAGACACCCGCCCCACGCCAGCUGCUUCCUCUCUACACGGGUGCAGAAGCUCCCCAGCCUCCCUCCCCUCAUCGUCCUCUCCUCCUUGCGCUUAUUGUACGUCUCCUCCUCUCUCUGCUCUGUCAGCGUCCGGAGAGCGCUCACAUUGGGACGCCCGCAGACCGAGAGCAGAAGUGAGACACUCAGCUUUUCUACUUCUUUUUUCGUGGUUUUGUUUUUUGUUUCGCUGGAUGAUGCAUUCCUGAUUGCGUUAGGGAGAAGUGGUGAGCCAUUUGGUGAGGGUUUGACUGGCCGGUCAGAGUGAAGAGCUCACUGUGUUGGACAGGAGUACAUCUGAAGUUCUACGGCUGUUUCGGACCACUUUCCACCCCUGACGUCCCACCACAAGGAGCACUUCAUUCUAACUGGGCUCGGACAGGGCUGUACUCGCUGAAAAGGAAACCAAAACAACGUCCCAAAAAAGACAAUGAGCCUCUUGUUGUCCACGGCGACCACCGGCAGCGUGAUCGCGACCACGAACGCGACCAACAGCAGUGGGAAGUGUGUGGACAUCGAGGACAGCAUCAUCAGCGACCUGCUCAUGGGGCUGUACAUCCUGGUCUUCAUCUUCGGCCUGACCUUCAACGUUCUAACCCUGGGACCCAUCGUCCAGCAGGUGAGGAGCCGGAACGUCCUGGGCAUCUUCCUCCUCAACCUGUCCCUGUCCGACCUGCUGUUCAUCCUCACCAUGCCGCUUUGGAUCAACUACUACUACCACAACCACCACUGGGGGCUGGGCGUGCUCUCCUGCAGCAUCGCCGGCUUCUUCUACUACUCCAACAUGUACAUCAGCAUCUUCCUGUUGUGCUGCAUCUCGGUGGACCGCUGCCUGGUGGUCACCUUCCCGCUCCGCUUCAAGACGAAGCGCACGUCCUGCUACGCCUGGAUGGCCUGCCUGGCGGUCUACGCGGUGGUGGUGGUGCUGCAUAUCAUGGUGCUGGUGAAGGACAACCUGACGGACGCCCACGACGAGCGCAACGGCAACGACCGCUGCUACGAGACCUACCCCUUGCAGGCCCCCGUGGCGCUCUUCAACCUGCUGCGCGUGGGCCUGGGCUUCCUGCUGCCGCUGCUGGUGCUGGGGGUCAGCUACUGGAAGGUGCUGGCCACGGUGGGCCAGAGCCCCGGCCUCAGCGCCCAGGGCAAGAGGAAGGUGAGGCUGCUGUCCUUCGGCGUCAUUGGCAUCUUCUCGAUCUGCUUCGCGCCGUACCACCUGCUGCUGCUGGCGCGCUCGCUGAUCUACUACCUCAGCCCGGACACCGGUCCCCAGGGGAGCUACUGCUCCUUCGAGCAGGUCAUGCACUUCCCCUUCUCCUGCACGCUGGCCCUGUCCAGCCUGAACUGCGUGGUGGACCCCGUGCUCUACGUGCUGGUCAGCAACGGCGUGCGGGAGGAGGUGUUCUGCUGGAGGCGGCACAAGAAGACCCCGGGCGGCGCCACCUGCUCCCUGAACCGCUACACCAGGACCACCGCCACCCCCAACCUCAUCUGACCCCUAGAGGACCCCCAACUCCAGCCUCAUCUGACCCCUAGAGGACCCCCACCCCCAACCUCAUCUGACCCCUAGAGGACCCCCAACUCCAGCCUCAUCUGACCCCUAGAGGACCCCCACCCCCAACCUCAUCUGACCCCUAGAGGACCCCCAACUCCAGCCUCAUCUGACCCCUAGAGGACCCCCACCCCCAACCU